AUGGUAUCAACCCUCGGAGUCAUGGUCCCCCAAUUCGAAGCCUACUACGGCCUAACAGACCUCCGCGUCUCCUUCGUCUUCCUAGUGUGGCCCGUCGGGUACGUGGUACUACGUCCUUGCGCUUCCAUCCUUGAGGCCAUAAUACUCCUCCUCGCCUUCCGGUUCGAGGACUCGAACAGAUAUCACAACGACCACCAACAGGGUCGUCUACUCGAGACGCAAGGAGAAACUCGCCCCGACACCAAGACCGCCAUCUUCAAGCACAGUGUUACAUGGAUCUGUGCCGCCUACUUUCUAGCCUACCCUCUCAUCGUCCGGCUUUUUGAUCGGCCAGGCGGCCAGGCGUCCGGGCGUCUCGUGCUCGGAGUUGUAACCGACAAGAUCGGCGUAAGAACCGCAACGACCGUCUACUUGAUCGCCGCUCUUGCAUUUGAGCUCCUCUUCGCCGCUGUCCACGUUCCCGCGGUCUCGACUGUUACGAUAGCGUUGCUUGGAUUUCUGCCUAGGCCCAUUAUUCCCAGCCGGCAUCGUCAUGAUGACUCGUCUACUACCACGGGAGUUGCAUGUGGGAGCUAUCUCGUUCGUAGUGUUGCUUGGUCAAAUUGGAGGCGCGUUACUGCCUUUCGCUCUCGGAGCGCUGGCCGACACGCUCGGGAUCCGAGUCUUCCAAGUAGUGGUUUUUGCCCAAUUGGUCGCCACGCUUCUGAUUUGGUUCGCAUUUCCAAGAUUACCGCGGAACACACUGCGUAG